AAGUAGGAAGCAAGAGUACCAAACCAAGCAACAGGCUCUCUGGCAUAGAGUAACUUUUUGCUGCUGUGCUGUAGAAUGGCAGUGAGUUACUUCAGCCAAAACACAGCACCAUCUCCAAAUUGGACAGAAAUGCAGAUAUGUCCUCUUUGGAUAUAAGUCUGUCUGCAAAACGAAACCAAUUUCUGCAUGGAUAAACAAAGAUGACAGCUGGAUAACGUGGAUAGUAUCGCCAAAAUGAAUUCCUCUUCUCUGGACUGGUCCAUUCAGAGUGCACUGUCAUCUCUUUACCCCCCAUUUGAGGCCACUGCUCCAACGGUCCUGAGCCAGCUCUUUCGUACCAUCGAGGCACGUUACCAGGGAGACGCACUGCAGUGCUUUUUGGAUUACCUCAUUCCAGCCAAACACAUCCUAGAGAGUGUGCAACAGGCUGCCUGUGCUGAGUACGCUGAUGUUUUGUUCCGGUGUGAAGGUUGGCCACUCUGUUUGAGAGACCGUGUGGUGAUCCAGCUAGCCCCCAUUAACCCCUUACUGUUACGUCCGGGAGACUUCUACUUGCAGGUGGAACCCUUUGGCGAACAGUCAGCCCGUAUAGUCCUUAAGAGCCUCCUUGUGCAGGAAGAUCUCUUGGCACAGGAGGAUCUGGUGUUACUAGCAGGUUUUAGGGCACAAGAAGGCCCUGCCGUGGAGGAGACUCCCAUCCCAGAGACAUCAUACCCAUGCAUUUUCACUGAAGCGUGGUUGAAGGAAAUCAAUGAGGGUCGACAUGGAAAUCAGCUACAUCAAUGUGUGCUUUCUUCUGAUCAGGGGAUUGUGAAGGUGCCCUGGGCAGAAGUGAUCAACCCUGAAUUUCUGGACAGGCCAAAAGCUUGGCAGAAGGUUGAGUCUAAAACAUGCACAAAUGCAGGUUUAAUACAGCAAGAUAAUUCUGAGGAAGAGCCCAACUCACAGUUUCCUGUAAACAUGUCUUUUCCCAAAACAACUCUUGAACCAGAAACCAUGAUCCUUCCAGCUAAAAAUAGUGUUGCAGUUUCACAUCAAUUAGUGAAAAGUGGCAAUAGAUUUGUUAAGACAGAACAAGGGAAACCUGUGAGCAAUUCUGUAGGCAAACCUGUUGGUUGGGUUUCCCCAAAUACGUGGGACAGUAGGCCCAGUCGAGAGCUGGAGGGGGAGUAUGUAGAUCUUUUGGAUUUUGCAAAAGAGAAGGAUGCUUUAAGCUUUAAAAUAGCUGUUAUACCUUCAGUUCCAGUGUCUUUCAGACCUCAUUCCCCUCUAUCAAAAGGAGGCAGCACCCCAUGUGUUCAAGCCUCUGAAAUGAUGGAUGAGCACUGUGUUCCAUAUUCAAGAAGUAAUCAGUUUUCCGAAGAACCAAAGAAGGGUUCUGAAUCCAAGGGUAGGCAUCGUCAGUCUUACCUAGCAGCGAUAAAAAACCCAAUAAGUUUUGAGAAGGCAAACACAAUACUGCCCCUGGAUGAAACAUGGCCAGGCUUAGGAGAAGCAGAACCAGGCUAUGAGGCACAAGGGGUUGACCUUGGGAGUGAGUCUUUCAGCAGUUCACCAGUGCAGAGUUCAACCCAACUUGGACAAAAUCUGAUACAGUCCUGUCCAGAUUCAGGUCAGCAAGAUCAGAACUUAGUUCAAAUUAAUAUGAAUGCGAUACACCUUUCCCAGAACACAGCACUGCCAAGUCUCAACACAGCUGAACAGCCAAAGCACUUGCUUACUGAAAAACCUCCAGACAAUCUUCAGAAAACUGUACUGGAACACACUGGAGCAGUUAAUGUCAACAGGCAACACUGCCUGACUGAGCAGGAACCCCGUCAAAUGUGGACCAGUGUGCAUAAGCAUCACAAAACACAACCCUUGCCCAAAAUGGGACUAAGAGCUUUGCCAGAUCAUAGAAGUCACCGACAAGAGACUGGUGCCUACAAAUGUCAAGGUGUAGGCAAGGGAAGGCAAAUAGAUCAGUUUGUGUAUGGCCUUGCAACUCCUCAUAAAUCGCUUCAACAACCUACAGGACAGAGACCUUCUCUAUUUCCUCACCCACAGAACAGUCUAAACAUGCUUCAAGAACAACACAGUCAAUCAGAACAAAGACCUAACUGUGUAAACAAGCAGUGUGGUGAAAACCCUGCACAGGUAUUGAAAGGUUUGGGGAAAAGCAGGUCUAAAGCCCGCUCUGCUUCCUCAGUAUCAGAGCCAGCCAUGGAGUGUUCGCAGGAGGAUAGGCCAGCCAGCAGGAGUCGCAGUGAUGUUUGUCCAGAGAUCAUUCCCAUGGUUCCUGGAGUUCAGGUCCAACGAAGCAAGAAAUACACUACCUUUGGACUUGUGUCGCCAAAACUAGACAGACGGAAAGCAGCAAAAAAUGACAUGUCAGCUGCUGGGUCUGUUGAACAGUUUACUGCACUUCAGAAUGGGGCAGUGCUCCAGAGCUCCUCAGCACAAUUACAAAGUGUCUCUCCUGAACAUGGAAGUCAGCUUACUGCCCUUUCACAUGACCCCACCAUCAAGAAUGUUCUCCAACUGGGCAUCAUUUGUCUGCCAGGCAGUCGUGACAGAGCUGGCAGAGCUGUGCUUGAAGUCCAUGGGGGGAAGAAUGGCUGGGCAUCCCCUCUGCUCUCUCCUCUAGUACUCUGCAAACUGGUCCUUUAUCUUCACACCAUUCCGAGGAGACAAGUGAGAGAUCUGGGAUUAACAGUCAUAAUUAACAGCCGGAACUGUCCAGUUCCCUCAGUGCUCUAUAAGGCUUUGCUAAUGGUCCAGGAGCAGGUUCCUCGUGCUGUGCACAGUGUCUUGUUGUUGGUGGAAAAAGACCAAAGUCCUCGAGCAGACAGGCCACCAGGAUUACAGAUGGAUAUUAUUACUUCACUAAAAACUCUUCAUAAGAGUGUUGAUGGACAGCAGCUGACCAGUGAAUUUGGAGGAUCUUUCCCUUAUAAUCACGCUGACUGGCUACAAUUCUACCAAAAACUGUUCCUCUUUGAGAUGGACCUUCAGGGAGCAGCCUUGUUAUUACAGAGUGCUAUAAGAAAACUGAACAGUAACAAGAAAACUGACACGGCAGAGGAUGUAAGGAGGUGUAGCCAAGAACAGAAGAGUGCCAUGAAGCAGGUACUUGAAGAUACACAUAUGGUCACGCUUCAGAGGGACGGUGGUGCUAUACUAGCCAGAAUGCAGAAGGAAGAAUGUAGAUUUGCUCAGUCUGAAGACUACAGGGACUCAAUGAAGGCUGUGAUGUGUCUGUAUAACCAGGUUGAAGAAGGAGUCCACACCCUGGUUAUGAGGUCCAACCAAUCACUGCAGCAUCUUGAUCAUAUGCUGCUCCUGAGGGAAACAGAGGAACAACUUAACACAAGCAGAGAGUGGUGUGAAGAGGAAGCUAGGAGAUGGCAGAGGGACCUCAACCCAGCAGAAGAAACCAGGGAGAUACUAGAGCAGAGACUCGCAGACAUUCAUGCUGUCCUCACUCAGGCAAAGGAGCGAAAAGAGAAAGCAAUGUCAUUGAUGAAAGAUGUGGAAGGAAAGAUCCAGGGAACAUGUUAUCCUGAAACUGACAUUUUCCAUAUUCACAUGACAAAGUUCAAAACCAACUUGGGAGCAUUUGUGUUGCAAGCAAAGCAGCAUAAAUCUGACCUGGAGGCAUUUAUCCGUCUGUUUCAUUUCUGUGAGCAGGCCUUUACUCUUGCAAAAGAAUGCAGAAAUUAUCUGGAACACAUGGAGAUGGGCUGCUACCCAGAGACGGCCAACAUAAGCAAGAUGAAAUCUUUUCAGGAGAGAUUUAAAGACUUUUCACCUGAGCACUUUGAGGAGGAGAAGAGAAACACUAUGAAUGAGAAACAUCAUGGAGUGGUCCGUGUGUGGAGUGAGGCUUGUUCGGUGUGCCAAGAGGUCAAGCAGACACUGGAGGAGAAGCUGCUAGAGUUUGAUAGAAAGCAAAAGCUUCAAAAAUUUCCACAGAGGGAUGAAAUGAUGUUGAAAAAUGAUGAAGCCUCUUUGCAGACUCCUACUUCCUGCCUAACCAGCUCCUGCCUGGGUAAUGUUAAGGCCCAAUCUCAGCAGAGUGAAGCUCAUAGACAGACACAGAAUCAAGACAGUCAUGUUAGGGGUAAAUCUGUAAAUAUACACAAAGAUUCAGCAUUAGAAAGCAUCUUAACCGCUAAAUUAGUGAAGUGUCCCCAUGAACACCAUAGUGAGACUGAUCUCAGGAAUGUUGACCUUAUUGGUAGUAAUGAGAGGAAUCGAGCAUUAGGCCGAUCCCAUAGUGAGGGCUCCUGCAUAAGAAGCUUUAGACCUAUGUUAACUGGGCCUCCAUUAUCUGUGUGCCAAAACACAUCUACCAGUAAACCCAAUAUGAUGCUAUCUGACAGAGAAUGUGUUACAUAUCAUCAAGACAGCUUCUGCUCAGACUUUUCCAAUAUGAAACUAGAAUGGAUCCAAAUGGAUAGUAGAGAUAAGCCCAGAGUCACUCUGGAUGAUCAAGAUUCUCAAAUAUCUCGGCAAGAGAGCUUCUGCUCUAGUGUGUCCAGCCCAAGACAGGGCUGGAUGAAGGAGGAACCUAUAACUCCAGACAGGCUAAAGGAUACCUCAGACUGCAACUCUGCCUCAGAACUGGAGAACAGCAGUAACUUACUUAAAUUGCAGCACAUCAUGGAAGAAUUGUUGCAGACAGAAAGAGAAUAUGUGAAAGCACUGGGCUAUGUUAUGGAGCACUACUUCCCAGAACUCGAGCGCCAAGAUGUACCACAAGAUUUAAGGGGACAAAGGGGAAGCAUCUUUGGAAACCUGGAAAAACUCAGAGAGUUCCAUCAACACCACUUUCUCAAAGAGCUAGAACUUUGCCUAAGACAACCUUUUCGUGUAGGACGAUGUUUUCUACGACAUAAAGAGAGUUUUGGUCUCUAUGCUCUCUACAGCAAAAAUAAACCUCGUUCAGACCACCUGUUGAUCAACCAUGGAAAAGAGUUCUUUAAGAAACAGCAGCUGCUAGGAGACAAAAUGGACCUGUCAUCAUACCUGCUGAAGCCAGUGCAGCGCAUCAGUAAAUACAGUCUGCUUCUGCAGGACAUGCUACAGGAGUGUGAGGCAACAUCACACAAAGCUCCUGAGCAAGCCGAGUUACAAGCUGCAUUGGAGGUCAUCCAGUUCCAGCUUCGUCAUGGCAACAACCUCCUUGCUAUGGAUGACAUCCAGGAAUGUGAUGUGAAUCUGAAGGAACAAGGGCAGUUGAUUCGCCAAGAUGAGUUCCUGGUGUCCUUUAGGAAGAAGAAAUAUUAUAGACAUAUUUUCCUUUUCCAAGAUCUUAUCCUCUUUAGCAAGACCAAGAAGACAGUGGUUGGGAAUGACAUAUAUAUCUACAAACAGUCAUUCAAGACCUCUGACAUUGGGAUGACACAUAACCACGGUGAUAGUGGGCUGUGCUUUGAAAUCUGGUUUCGGAGGAGGAAGUCACAGGACACAUACAUACUACAGGCAAGAAGUUAUGAAGUGAAGGAAGACUGGACCAAAGACCUGGAGAGGAUUUUAUGGGAGCAGGCUUUACACAACAGGGAGAUUCGUAUGCAAGAGAGGGUCUUCAUGGGAAUUGGAAGCAAGCCUUUUAUGGACAUUAAGCCCAGUGAAGCUGCCAUCUGCGACCGUGCCAUUAACUGUGCUCUAGCAGGACGAGACUGUAAGGCACCUGUUUUCUCUGGGAUGUCUGACACUGAACGAGGAUUUCCUGUCCAGAGGCCGAAUUCUACUGGUUCAGCCAGCUAUGUGUCGUCUUGCAGCCACUCAUCUUCAUCCUCUUCCUCAGGGAGAGGAUCUGUCUCACCUGUUGGUUACCACAUUGGCCUUAGUAGAAGAGUUGUUUCCAUGUCUGGCCCUGGAAGAUUCUCUAAUCCAGAAGAGCAUGACUUAGACCAGGAAAACGUCAGGCAAAAUCAGCUCGUGGAAAGUUCAGAAUCUUCGGGCGAGAGUGUAAGUGGCUUCAGCAGUUCUGGCUACAGUUUCCAGUCUGUGAUUGGAGGAGAACAUGAGGUACACUCCUUAGAGGUGUCUGACACUGGUCUGGAGAAACCAUACCCCCAUAAAAUAGAGGAAGACCAGCAACACAAUGACAAAUAUUCUGAACUACAAAACCAAAAGAUGGACCAACCACUCCAGGUUCAAGGGAAUAAUCACAUGGGAAAAUCAACUGAAGUUUGAAUAUAAUAUUAUUUCAACCAAGGAGCAUUAUGGACCAUGUGGAACUACCGACUUGUAUCAACUUGUAAACCUUGUAAAAGUACAUGUUGGUGCUUGUUCUCUGAAUAUUACAGGAGGACGCUCUCAGUCACCACAGCCUUAUCCUGGAGAUUGUGAUUGCUAAGCUGUACAACAUAUUAUUUAUUAUUGUUUUAAACAUUAUUUUUAGAAUCUAGCAGUUUCUGCUUACUUGUUUGCAAUACAUUGUUUUGUACUCUAGUUGCUAUCAAAAUUGUUAGCUUAUCCACUGUUACAAUUGCAUUGUGGUUCCUGUAUGUAUUUUGUUUUUCCUUUUCUGUAUGAGCUGAUUGAUGAUUUCCUGUUUCCUGUUAAAUAUGCAUAUGCAAUAUUGCAAAAGGGAGUGAAAAGUACUGAUAAUUUUCUGCAGUUGCAAUUGGAACAGGUGCUGUAUAUGUGUGAAAGCAAACCAAAAUUAAAAGUCAGCAUUUUCUACCUGCAUAAAAAUGUGUGACUGCAAUAGGCAAAGGGACACACUCUACUGGAACUUUAGGAAAGACAAACUUUUGUUUCCCUUCUUUACAUGAUUCCAGCAGAUAAAGUUACACACACAUUUUACUGAAAAUAUCAACAACAAAAAAGUAGAGAGUUUAUCAAGCAAACCCAAACUGACUUCCUUUUGGUUUGUAACAUGUUCACCAAGCCAAAACAAUUAUAUUCUAAUAUGUUCAGAGAGAAAUGGUGAAAAGCAAAAUUAUAAUUGUGCAUUUGUAUCUGGUUGAAAUUUUUUGGCAGAUAAGAGUCAUCCAUGUCUCACAAAUUCACAAUAUAUAAUGCUCACAUUGUGUUCACAUGUUAACGUUUUUUGUGGCAAAAAGAAAAAGUUAAAAAAAACACAACUUUAUUGCUUGUGCAAAAUUGCUUUUGUUUCAGUAAUUAUUAUAAAACAUUGGUAAACAGUGUAAGAAUGGCCCUGGGGUCUCAUUUAUCAAUUAUGCAUAUACUUAGUUUUGUGCAUAAACAGUACAUAUGCACGUCUCUAUACAAAGAAUGUGAUUUGUCUAAUUCUUCUUGUGUGUGAGGAUGUGCGUAUAUUUAUGUAUACUCCUGACUUGUCAAUAAUAUCAGCAAAUCUGACAGAAUAAUUACUGAAUUUGGUGCUCACAAUUAGAUGCAGACCAGUGACACAUGAAAUGUGAGGUAAACUUUUAUAAACGGCACACCUAUAGACUGGGAUGAUGCCUUACUUGGAGAUUUAGUAAAUGCAACUUUGCACUGGGAAACAUUUAUAGACUUUUAUAGAAAAAUGAAGGCAUACAAGCCUCUUGAUUGAGUACAACUUUGUUGUUUGUGGACACAAUCAUGACAUAAAUGUUUUGUGAUUAUAAUAUCGAGGAUCAUUGUCACAUUGAAAGCCGAUUUACUGACAUAUGCCAUAAACUCUAACUUUAAAUUUCUUGAAGUGAAAUAAGUAGCUUUAUGUGAGCUACACAAGUUUGUUAAAGUAAGAUAAAUUAGGCAUGUUAGCUAACUAACAAGCCAAGCCUGUUAAAUUCUUUGUUAGCAUGCCAAGUUCUGAUAUCACUGAUAUCAUAGUUAGCAACUUAGGCCAGAUGAAAUGGGCACUACAAAGAUGGGCAUUUUUUAAUGAGCUCCUCGAACCAGUUAUCCUUCGUAAUUGCCUGUAACCAUAAUUGUCUUCUUUUGACUUGGAAAAGAAUUCUACAGUAUGGAGUAAAAACAAUAGUGACUAUGAACACUUUUCCGAUUCUGACACUCAAUAGCGUAACGCAACAUUUUAGAAAAUAAAUUCUGGCUCUGCUCUUAAGAAUCACUAUAGACUCCCGUUUUGUUUCUGCAACUACGAGGUGCAGCUGACAUCAGAGUGCCGUGUCUUUCCCAGGGGUCUAUAGCUAACAUAAAUUGUUUGAUCUUCCUAUAUUGUCAAACGUAUAUUUAUUUUCAUGCCUUCUUAUUUCUAAGAAACAAGAUACUGAGUAAAAAUACUCUUUUCUCCAUCAAACCAGCAAUUGUACCAGAAUUCACCAGAAUUUUUCAGGCAUUUUCUGAUGGUAUCGUGGUUCCUCUGCUACUUGAUCCGCAUCCCCUGCCCAAUUUGCACCACACAUGCACAGCACAAAUUGGAUGGGGAAUGUGGAUCUAACAACCAUGUCCUCUUCUCUGUAAGCACAACUGGGCUUGCAAUUCACAUGGUAACACAGCACGGUAAAGCAGGUAUUUUCAAAGUCUUUUAAGCUGUGGUUCAAUCAUCAAACACAUUCAUUUCAUCGAUCCCUGGCUCCCAACAACUUUCAUUUUUUGUAUCCCCAUCUAAAAUAUUUAUGUUAACACCUUAUAAAUGUUGAUAAUAAAGGGUUCCACGCAUUGUUCCAAAAUGUACAGAUUAACACCCAGUCUGUACAGGCAACAUCUCAGGACACCUAGAGAGAGAGAUACAAUCAGAGCUCGUCUAUGACACGAGAAAGAAGGUUAAUCAGUUUACUGUUUGGACGGAACAAAGCUGCAAACAUUUAACAUGUACACAUUUAACUGCAAAAUUAUUAUUAUUAUUUUUUAAAUCUUCCUACAGAAAGAUCAGUAUGAAAUGUCAUGUUUAAAGUCUUCUAAACACCUCAACUUCCCACAUUACCCAUCAUGUCUACCGCAGUGGUCUACCACAGCAGCAAUGACAGUAACAGCCUUUCUUAAUAAACUGCUUUAUUCUCUUCAAAUAUGUGCGUGAUCUACUUUAUUUUACUUUAUAUAAAUACA